ACUGUUUCACUCGGCUCGUUUUUUGGGUAAAAAUGCGCAGUCCUGUUUACUAAUUAUGUCUAUGGCUGACUCUCGCAUGACUGACAGACCGACAGCAAGCAAAUUGACACUGACGUGUAGUAAAGGAAGGAAACUAAAUUCAUUACAAUAAAAUAAUAAUAUUAUUUUCAGUUCUUUUACUUUUUAAAAUUUACAAUAUUUUUACCACCAUAAGACUAUAUUUAGUAAAUCAAUGAGCCAGUGACAUUUAUACGUAUAGACUAGUCUAUUAAGACACCAUGACUGAUAAAAAGUUCGUAUUUAAGCAUCAGCAAAAGGAUAAUGACGAUGAUCAUGAGUAUUUAGGGACACAAUGUUUCCAAAUCAGUCCUAAUGUCGAAGAAAAAGAAAUCCCAACUAAUGGCGAAGAGUACUUACUAAAAGUUAUAAAGGAGCGCGCCAAAUGUGCAACAAUUACCAAGUGUAAUUUAGAUGCAUCACAAACUCGCAAGAAGCUUUGUAACACUGUAAAAGAGCAUAAAGUACCCGAAAAACCUGAAAAGCUUAAACCCACAAUAGAAUGGCAGAAUAUUCAGAUAGCUGACUUCUCAGACCUUCAUAUGUACGUCGUACGUAUGGCAGCUCGUAAGAAAGCAGAACUACCAACAAUAUUCCAGGACACAUAUAGAGACUUCAUGCAGGACGGUGAGAUACAGUGGAUGCAGGUGUUUGAAAGCACAGAACCAACACUGUCACAUGUGGUCGGGUUGUCUCACGGUGUGGUAGAAACAGGCUUGGAUACCAUACUAUCGAUUUUACAACGGAUAAAACCGGGAGAGUCUAUUGACCGUAGAACAGGAUUAUGGCUCCAUGCACUGCUAACUGUUGCAAGACAUCCACCACAGUCCGAUGAUAGUUUUUUAUUAAGAAAUCUCUGUAGAAGGUGUGCAGAAAUUAGGGCCGGUCUAAAUCUAGAUGAUGAGAAUGCAAGAGAACUAGCAACACCUUUGAAUAUUUUUAUAUGUAUAAUAGCAAAGUAUUUUGGUCAGCAUGACUUGGGUGACUAUGAACUUCAUGAUUCUAAAGUAGGUCAGAUUUAUUAUGACUCAAAAGUAGCACAGAUAUUUUAUUGACACUAGGUUAAGUUAAUUUUAUAAUUAGGUUAAUUGAAGACAGCUGUGUGGUGGCAAAUAUUCGAAUACUCUGGCUCACUCUUUGGGUGCAAAUCUUAAUAUGCACAUAUGUUACAAAUUACAAAUACAAAAGCUAUAAAAAAAAUAGCAACUGAAAACUACAACACAGAGGAAAAAUUAUGGAAUUUGUGCAGGUACCCUUUGCUUUAAAAAAAAAUAAUCAUGAAUUGAUACUGAUAUUCUUAGAAGGAUGAAUGUACUUUCUUAUCAGUUAACUGAGCUUAAUUAUAUACCUGCUAAUGUUUUUAAAUGCGAAAUAAGGCGUCUUGUAAUAUAUAAGCAGUUUCUCUCCUUGGGGCUGCCAGAGUGAUAUAACUAGCAAUAGUGUACUUUAACUAUUCUUAAAUAAUUCGUAUUAUUUUAAAUGACUGCCAUGAAAUAAAUAUUUUUAUGAUCAAA